AUCGCCCGUGUCAGACGGGUUGCCUGUGUUGGUGCCAGCGCAUCGCGUAGCCCCAGAGCCUGCCCGAGAAGCAGGAAAAAUCCGUACAGGGAAAGAAGUUCCAUCGUUGUUCCACACAGUGCGAGUUAAAAAUCGGUGAAAAAAGGCUGCCACCUAGUGGUGUAAAAACAGCUAUCUUUGCAGGGCGUGAAUUGUAAGACCAUCAUCGUUGUAGUGUGCUGAGUGGCGGAGUCGAGUGGUGUGCCCUCUCACACGCGGGGAGGAAACAAUCGGAGGAACGUUUGUGCACAGUGUGUUUUCACGGCAGUAGGUGAAUUUUCGCCCACAGGUGUGUCGCGCGGUGUGCGUUUGUGUAUGUCCUGAAGGUGCACGUGGGGUAUAUCAGUGGAACACACACACAAAAAAGGCGAAAAAGGCUCGGUUUUUUCCACUCGCUGUAACAACACACAACCCAUCCGAGUGAGCGGAUCCGCCACUCACCCGAGCGAGAGCGAGAGUGAGAAGUGAAAGAACGCAGUUGUUCUCUCUUGUUCGUGCCGGUGCGUGCGUGCGUGCGUGUCAGUUCUGUGCGUGUCUCUGUGUCUAUGUGUGUUCUAGGGUGUACGUGGUGUGCGCAAUAGUGAGCAAGUGUGUUCGAUCGUCCACUCGUGCGUGAUUACGAUACACAUUGAAAGCUUUUGCUGGAGCAAGAAAAGAGUGUUUGUUUGUACGCGUUUAAAAGCCGGUUUAAAGUGUGCUUUUGUUUUAAUGUGUUAAUUGUGGUGAUAAUUUGUGUGUUCGUUCUUUUUUUUUAUUCCUAAAAAGUUUCAAAAAGUAAAGCAAACCUCAUCUCAACAACAACAACAACAUACUUAUUCCAACUACACAUAAAACGUGCUGCAAAAGUUGUGUAAAAGUGCACAGUGAGUUGAAGCGAUUUCGCGAAACACACGCUUCCCGUGCGUGUGACACAGCGCUUUUCCCAUCCCACCCACAAACCACCCACCGUCGUCGUCGUAUAGGUUCUUCUUUUCUUUGUUUCUCCGGCGAAUGGUGGACAUGUCAUGAGAAUUAAUCGUAUCGAAGAUAGAAUGGAUGACAACAGUUCGCUCGGUCACCAGAACGGUGGCGGAAGUGCAGUUGGCCAGCUGGGCGGUAUCGGCGGUGGUGCGGGCGGUGGCCAGGGCGGCGGAACCGGCGGGCUCGGUGACAUGUCGGGCGGUGGUGGGGCCGGCAGCGGCCUAGUCGGCAAGGGCGGAGCGGGCGGCGGCGGCGGCGGCAUGGUCGGGGCCGGCCAGUGCGACGAUCAGAACAACAAAACGCCGACCCAGUACUCGAUCCCGGGCAUACUGCACUUCAUCCAGCACGAGUGGGCCCGGUUCGAGCUGGAACGUUCGCAAUGGGACGUGGAUCGUGCGGAGCUGCAGGCAAAGAUUGCUGUACUGGUGGGCGAACGCAAGGGUCAGGAAUCCCUCAAAUCCGACCUGAUCCGGCGCAUCAAGAUGCUGGAGUACGCACUGAAGCAGGAGCGCGCCAAGUUUCAUCGACUAAAGUACGGCGUCGACCCACCGAUGAACGAUAUCAAACCGCCAACCGAUGAGCCGGGCAUUGGAACAGAAGUAGCUCCCGAUCCGGAGGUACCGUACAGUUCCGUGUCGAACAUUACCUGGCGGCAGGGCCGGCUGCUGCUGCGCCAGUAUUUGCAGGAGAUUGGCUACACCGACACAAUCCUGGACAUACGCUCGAACCGGGUGCGGUCGCUGCUGGGGCUGAACAACAACAGCGAGCAGGAGGAGAAUGUCAAUCCGAACGUGAACGGCGGUACGGAAUCGAACAAGCGUGCCAGCGAGUCGCAAGGACGCCGAACUCCGGCCAAAAAACCAUCCUCCGUCACGGAAGCGAUGAUACUCGACUCGGAGGCGGCGGUCAUCGCGAACUUUGAGUUUCUGGCCCGGGAAGAUGUGGAGAUGUCGGACGACGACGACGUGUCGGACGAGAUCGAUGUGGUUGGGGACAGCGAGGACACGGACAUGAAAACGACCAAACGGAAAGCCAAAGGAAGCACUUUGAAUGACGAUAUGGAUGCGGAGGCGGAUGAAGUAAUCAAUGAGUUAAAUCCAUUAACAGAAGGAUACAAUAAAACGGGCAUGCCGCGCCAUCCGACGAUACCGGGCAUCGGCAACGACGAGGAGGUCGACUCGUCGCUCGGCGAGCUGGCCCAGCUGACGGUGAACAACGAGACGGAGUCCGGGUACGACGUGUCCAACUCGAAGGAGCCAUACCGCAAAACGUGGAACGCCAAGUACACGCUCCGCUCGCACUUUGACGGCGUGCGGGCGCUCGCGUUCCACCCGCAGGAACCGGUCCUGAUCACUGCCUCCGAGGACCACACGCUCAAGCUGUGGAAUCUGCAGAAAACGGUGCCAGCGAAAAAGUCUGCUAGUCUCGACGUGGAGCCCCUGUACACGUUCCGCUCGCACAGCGGCCCGGUGCUGUGUCUGGCCAUGUCCGCCACCGGCGAACAGUGCUACUCGGGCGGGCUGGACGGUGCGAUCAACUGCUGGAAUCUGCCGAGCUCGAACAUCGACCCGUACGACAGCUACGAUCCGGAGGUGAUGCGCUGCACGAUCGACGGCCACACGGACGCGGUCUGGGGGUUGGCGGUGAACCACGCGAAGAACACGCUCGUCUCCUGCUCGGCCGACGGGACGGUGAAGCUGUGGUCACCGUCGGGCAAGAUACCGACCAACAGCACCACCUUCACGUCGGAAACGGAGGGCGUCCCGACGUCGGUCGACUUCGUGAAGGACCAGAUCGACCGCAUCGUGGUCGCGUACAGCAGCACGCACUGCAUCAUCUACGACACGGAGACGGGCAAGCAGGUGGUGAAGCUCGAGGCGAGCCAGGAGAUGACCGGCAAUCUCGGCAAGCACAUCAACAAGGUGAUCAGCCACCCGACGCUGCCGGUUACGAUUACCGCGCACGAGGACCGGCACAUCCGGUUCUGGGACAAUGGGACCGGCUCGCUGGUGCACUCGAUGGUGGCCCACCUGGACGCGGUCACCAGCCUGGCGAUCGAUGCGCACGGGCUGUACCUGCUGUCCGGCUCGCACGACUGCUCGAUCCGGCUGUGGCACAUGGACAACAAAACGUGCGUGCAGGAGAUCACGGCGCAUCGGAAAAAGUUCGACGAAAGCAUACUGGACGUCGCCUUUCAUCCGUCGAAACCGUUCAUUGCCAGUGCUGGCGCUGACGCCAUAGCGAAGGUGUUCGUUUAAUAUCUCCCCUGCACACUCACCUGGGGAGCACCACCACCACCACCCGGACGCGUAUUGUCGUCGUCGUCGUCGUCGUCGUCGUCGUCAUUGUGAGCAAAGCCAGAGGCGCGUGUGCGGCGGUGGUAUUAUUAGAGCCUGGGGGAGCGUUAAAAGGGAGGAUGGGCAAACCCGUAAGACUAGCGCGCGCCCGUGCGGUCGCUUUAUGUGUGUGCGUGUAUGUUUAGUUUUUAAAAUCAUACUUCUGAUAUAGUUAUAUACACAGUACUAAAAAAAUGUUUGUUUUAUCCCAAAUUAGACAACGGACAAGCGAAAAACACAUACAGACAGACACACACACACACAUACACACAUAAAUAUAUACACAUUUACAACACUAACUGCUAACAACGGUGUGGAAAAACGGUAAAAGUAGAGAAGGUUCUACGCUACGUUGUUAAAUAGUAUCGAAAAAUCGAAACAAACUAUUACAGCUAAUCAAAUACGAGCAGAAGCCACAGACGAACAGUUAGACAAUGUUGUGAGUGUGCGUGUGUGUAUUUGUGUGCGUGUAUGUUUGUAUGUGCGGAUAACGCUUGUGGCACGUAAAUUGAUAAGAGAGAUGCGCACGUUAAAUCCUACCCUAUAUACGCCUUGAGAGGCGCACUAAAAGCGUUUUGUAUCGAACGAAUGACGCGGAAAGGAUGAUAGACGAGUAAUUCUAGUAACGAUACAUUUAGCAAUUUCAUACUCACAAACACAAAAACACAGACAGACAGCAGACGCAGUCCCGAUCCCAACAUGCAAGUAUGAAUUUGUUUGGGCGGGGUUUGCGAGUAUUACGUGAAUUUUUUGUUUUCGGGAAAUCAGUCAUGGAAUGACAUGCGUGAAGGGGAUGCAUAAUUAGCAAAAGUAGAACUUGCUUCAUCCGCUUGGUGUGAGAUUAUUUCCUAUUUUCUCACAACUUUUAUGAUUUUCGACCUUGGAAUGUGUAAAUAACACAAUAGUGUUUCGUGUUUUUUUUUGUAACUUUGCAUUUCUAAAACCCCCUAAACAAACAAAAAAUAUGUGCAAAUGCUCGUGUAAAGGCGCCUUUUAUUUUAUCCUUGCUUGGACUGUGUCCAGCACAUCACUGUUGCAAAUGAACUAAUUUGGCCUGCAAAACACAACCGUGUGUGUAAAUGGUUUAUUUUUUAAAAAUCCUUUCAAAAUGAUCACUUAUCACCGCACCCCAAAUCAUCAGUACUAUGAUUAUUAAGCUGCUCAUCGUGACGAAGGUUAAUUAUCUCAAUGUCCCCCCUUUUUUGACGUUUGUUUUAAUGAAACGAAGCAGAAACGGUCCAGAACAUUCUCAUUUUAGUUGAUUGUGCUGCUUUUCCUACUUCCGAUCAGACCGAUGUAGUUGCAAUAAUGCAAACAAAAAUAUACACACACACACACAUUCACACUCAUCUCACACUUCCUCCUUACUCUCUCAUACAAGCGAAAAUUAGAAUAAACAAACAGUAAAUAGUAAAAAAAUACGCAAACGAAUCAGAAUUUGGUGGGUAAAACAUUAUAUGCACCUCGACAUAAUUUACCCGGCAUACCGGCAUACCACGAGAACGAGAAUAUACGAGUGUGCGGGUAUUGACAGGAAGCACUUACGGAAAAGCUGCGAAACGUGGUGUAGCAGUGGGUUGGUAGUGGAAAGAGUACAACAGUGGACAAAUGACAACACUGCUCGAUCAAGGUUCGGUUCAAGGAUCGGUUGAUCGUAUCAAGGGGGGGAGUGGAUCGUUGAGAUACAACCUGAUGCAAGCACCACUAUUACAUUUUCUUAUAAAAUGAGGAAAACAGUGGGUAAAGCUUAGGUAGUUCUCACUCACCCACACAAACACACACCCACACAUACAGAUAACAACAUGCUGUUUGAUUUGAUAUUUCGUUUUACUGCGUAUGUGCAUGUAAGAGGGGGAGCAAGUGGGGGGAAAUGAAAGCUAUAAUAGAGUGGCACGUUUGCAAGCUAACAAUAGCUUGGUUAUGAAGCCGCGCCCUCCCUGCAUGCAAGGGCGGAAAAGUCGUCCUCAUUACUCAUAGAGAAGAUUAAAUCUUACCCCCCCCCCCUGAAUUUUAGGGCGCGCGCCGUAAACAAUGGUAUCGAAUAUGUGUUAGAGCAAAUGCAAGCAAAAAGUAUCAUAUUUAGUAGCCCUGUUGUGUGCUGUGGAUCGUAGCGGCCGGAUGGUGGUAGACAGCAUCGUCUGUGCGGCACUACUUACAACUUACGCCAGUGCUGCACCACCACCACCACGCUCUGGAUGCUAAUAGUAAAAUGCACUAUAAUACACCCAAAAAGGAGUUCAAGGAGGCAAAGAGCUAAGGCAAAAGCGGAAAACAGCAGCAAACAGACACGAUUAUACUAUAUAUGAUAAGAGUUAGGAAUGCGGAAUGGUGGGAUACUGAACGAUGGGAGUGCAUAGUGUGCAAGAGCAAUCAGCAGACGAGGAGAGCACGAGAUCGGUACGUGUGUACGUGUGUGUGUGUGUGGUGUGAUUGUGACUGAAAGAAAUAGAAAGAAGCAGCGGUGGGAAGAGGCAGUAAUAGAAGCAAGGAAGUAAGUAGAACGAAACAACAAAUUAUAAUAACCCACACACACACACGCACACGUUGCGCGCAUUAUGAUAUGAUAUGGGAAAUUGUAUUUAUUUUACUCAAACUCUCUCCCCAACUCUCCCAACACCACCACUCUCCGCAAAAUGCAAAGAAAAACGCGAAAAUAUGUUGUUAAAGAUUUUGAUUUAUUAAUAAAGUGUAGAGUAAUUAUGAUUUCACAUCGAUCGUUCGUUAUUUGUUUGCCUUUUUUUUAUGUUUUUUAGUAGUAUUGAUGUUUUGAUUUUGGUUUUACGUUUUUUCGCCCCUUUUUUCUAUUAAAUUCUUAUGCUUUUUGGUUUUACUUACAGCCGGCUACACGCCCGACGGCCGUUGCUAAUUCGAAAUGUACGUGGAGAACAAUACUCUAUCAACGCUGGCCGUUGAAAUACGCGUUUCGUACAGAUGGAAGAUGGAAAUGCGCACUUUAAGUUUGAGAACACACAGGGAUACUUAGGAAAUCGUCAUACUCUGGGCGUCAUAACGAGUCCGGCAAGAGCGUUACAGUUUUGCUGUACAAUAAAUUCUAAACCUCGUGUGUGGAUGUGUGGUAGUGUGGUAGCAGCUUCUUCACGUAGCUUAACGGGGAACCGGAAGAGCAACGCACUCUCCACAACGCUAAUCUGCGAAAAGCACCACAGCAAGAAUUAAAGGAAGAGGAGUAUAGCGCGCACAACACACUAUUAAUAGCAAUACAAAUUUUAUAUAAACGCGUAAACUAAAGGAACAGUGAGAGAGCUAGAGGGUGGAGCAAAGCAGAGCAGAUAAUUGAAGCUGAAAAUGAGCUGAAAUUAUUAAUCAUAAAAAAACACCUUACAGACAGCAUCUUAAUCACCCCCGGCGUAAAGCUCGUGCUGCAAACGAGGCGAUGCAGUUAGAGUUGAUCUAAUUUUGAAUGGACAAAUAUAAAACAAGUGUGUAACUUUCUGUUCAAUAUGCAACACUGGUCAAACACCUAUGGUUUCCAUUGUUAAAGUAACACAGUACAGUAACAAUAUGCGACAAAGCGCAAACAUAAGUUAAGAGAGAGAGAGAGAGAGAGGAGCUUACAUUUACGACGACGCCAGUUUAUAGGGCAAUAGAACUACACAUUCUCUUGUUUUUCUUCUUUCUUUCUUUUUUGUUCAUAUCAAUGGAAAAGCCGAAUGCUGCCUCUUCUUUUUCGGAGUUUCCUUUGAAAUUUUAUUUAACUUAAUCGCAAGCGAAACACACGCAACCCGUAUGAUAAUGGAGAAUCUUCUCGCCAGCUUCCGGUUCCCCGCCUGACUCUCUAUGCGUGUUUGUAGAUACUGAACCAAAAAAAAUGAACAAAAAUGAAGAAGGAAACAUAACACAUUAAAACCGAAGUGAAAAGUGGAUAGAAAAGAAGCAAAGAAGGAAAACAAACAACAAGAAAAAAAAACCCUUAAACAUAGCAACUCGUACUCGAAAUGUAGCAUUUCAUGCGUAGCGUAAUAGUAAUAUAAUAGUGGAAGCAACAUGGAAAAUGAAACAAAAAACAUGAAAAACAACACACGUUUCUCUCGCUGUCGGAGAUAACAAGAGAUGAAGGUAUAGUGCAGUAAACACUCAAACACAAUAAUAAGCAAAAGAAAUAAGUAAAAAAUGGACAACAAACUAGAAAGUUUCUUUUUUUGUGUUCGUUUUUUUUCUAGUGUGUUGUUACACGUAAAGGGGUGAAAUGAAAAGCAAUAGAACUUUCAAGUCAUGUUUCUUUUAAUUGUUAAUGUUUCUUGUUUUUUCCUUCCUAAUUUUUAAAACACUCUCCUCUGCUAGCAAAAGCAGCAAUUGCAAAUUGAUAAAUACAGUUUUAUUUCCAAUUACCACUCUACCUAACCGAUACACACUUGCGCAAAACUGCAUAGAAGUAAAGUUGAACAGACAACAGGAAAACAAAAGCAAGCAAAGCAACUGGCUAAUGCAUCACAAGCGCAUGGCAAAAUAAUACACACACGCGCGACCACUCUCUAACCCAAAAAAAACAACAAAAAACAGUCGUUAAUGAUAAUAAGUAGUUAUAAAACCUUUGAUAUGAAUAAAAUUCAAUGCAUCGCUGAAUUGUAGUUUAUUUUAAUAGAAUAUACAAGUAAAAAGUAAACAGGACAAAAGAAGUAAACAAGGCAGGAUGAGAAGAAGCGAAGACGAACAAAAAGGUAAAUAACAAACAAGCAAGGAAAAUAGAAUGAAAUAAAACUCGGAAAGAAGCCGAAAAGAAGAAACGCAGCAAAAAUUCGAAGAGAAGCAAAACAGACACAGCUGAACAGAAAAAAAUAACAAACGGACCAUGAAUAAUGUGGCAAUACCGGUCUGGCGAAUGGUAAAUAAUCCUUAUAAAUCCUAAAAAAAUGGAAACCUUUGGGUAAACCGGAAGCUAACAAAGAAAGAAAGAGAGAAACCAAACAAUAGGGAGGUGAAUGAAGCAAAACUCAUUUGAAAAUAAGCAAAAUACACUCACUAUCACUAUUCGAAGUGCGCAAUUUUUAACAAGCAAAUAUAGCCACCAUUCGUACCAUUUAGAACCGUUCAUACUCACCUCAACUCACUAUAGCCAUCCAAUAGAGACACGUACAUUCACACACACACACCAUGCAAAACAUACAAAACAUACCAUAUAUGGCAUUACACACUAUGAUAGGCAAUAUGCGCGCAAACAAUUUAGGCAAUAUGCACGCGCGCGCCCGACAAAGCUAAUAGUAAGUGUCCUGCAAAGCACGGACCCUUUUUUUCUGGAAGUUAGCUAGCUAGUAGCACUGAAAAGCAGAAGAGAAGAGGAGAGAAGCGGGGAAGUAAAAUAAAGAAAAUGAAACAAGAAAACAGAGAGAGAGAGAGAGAAAAUACCCCGAAAAGGACAAAUACGAAUAAUAAAAAACAAAACAAAAUAAAACAAAAAAAAGUAUAGCAAAUACACGCUAACGUUCUCGAAUGUGUUAGUUGCUGUGUAAAAUCGCUUUGAAAAAGAAUUUAAAAGAAAACGGGAAGAAAAGGCACACACACACACACACACACUGGUUGCCUGGCCGUUUCAUUGCCAGCUACCUACCGCAAGAUGUCCUUUUUGCCUGAUGACGAUGAUAAUGAUAACGUUGAUGAAACUGGCAGGGGACGAACUAUUACUACUAAUACUACUACUACUAUUACUACUACUAGUACUAACUACUAACACACACAUAAACACACAACAGUACCGAAGAAAAAGAAGAAACAAAAACUGGAUCAUAUUGUGUUUUACCUUGUAAUAUAUUGUAUUUAAAUGAAAACAUGUACUAAUAAUUGAACAAUGAUGAUAAAAGUAUAAAAAAAAGAGCAAGAAAACACUCACAAAACACAAAAACACAACAAAGUAGAGAACAAAUAGAAUUUAAUCUUAAACGCGAUUAACAAAGAAACAAAACGGGGAAAGAACAAACAAAAGUUGGAAAGUGUGAAACAAAAGUGAACAAUUGAAUGCGAUGAUGAUGCUGAUGAUGUCACACUUAACUGGGACUGGUGGGACUUUAAAACGAAAAUGAGAAUGGAGAAAAGAAAACAAAGAAAAAGGAAACUUGCAAUAAAGCGCCGGAAACGACAGAAUAAUCACUUAAGAAACGAGAGAAGAAAGAAGAAAAACACAAAUGAAGCAGGCCAGACCGCAUUUAAAUAAGCGUAAAUGAUUUGAACAAAUGCAAGAAACAACUAUGAAACAGAAUGGUAAAACAAAUAGAAGGGGAGAAAACUAAACCGAGAUGUCCACGGUGUCCGAAACAGAGGCAAAGAAGAAAG